AUGUGGGAUCCACUAGGACACCUCAGCCUAUUCAUCAUCAGAGGAUGUAAUCUACAGAGAGAAACCUUUACAGAGAAGUUACACUGGGACAGCCUUGUAACAGAUCCUCUUCUAACCAAAUGGCGUUCAUGGGAGGAAGAGCUGUUGCAGAUUCAAGGAACAGAAAUACCACGGCCAUUCAGAUCAAGACAAGACAAUGGAGAGCCAAGUCUAGUAUCAUUUUCAGAUGCAUCAAAGCAAGCCAAAUGUGCUGUAAACUCCAUCAUAACAAAGUAUGAAGACAACAAAGUCGACACAAGAAUUAAUGUUGCAAGCACCAAACUGUCACUUCAGAAAACAAUCUCUAUUCCAAGACUAGAACUGGAUGCAUUUCUGAUGUCAAUAAGGUUAGUGAAAUCAACAUUAAAGGAACAAAAUCUAACGAUCAAAAACGUAACAAUCUUUACAGAUUCUAUGAUUGUCCUGUACUGGGAGAAACAGCCAAGCAGUUGUUACAGAGACUAUAUCGCUCACAGGAUAGCAGAUGUACAAUCUGAAUUAAAGUGCCUAGAAAACAAAGGCUAUGAAGUAGAAGUUCGCUACUGCCCUACUGCAGAGAACCCAGCUGAUGAUGGAACCAGAGGAUUAACUUCAGAGAAGUUAGGUUCAAAAUCAAGAUGGCAACUUGGCCCAAAGUUUCUACAAGAACCCGAAUCAAAGUGGCCCACAGUUUCUCACGAGGAGGAGAAGAUUCCGGAUGUCAACUUAGAAGUAAGAAAGAAAUGCUUCACAUGGAGACAGAAAGUCCAGCUGAUAAAGAUACACCAGAAACAAGUGUUUACACAAGAAAUUAAUGAUCUGAAAGAAAGGAGAGAAGUUUCAACAAAGUCACGUCUCAAACGCCUUGUCCCAUUCUUGGAUGAAAAUGGAAGUCUGAGAGCAAGAGGUCGCCUCAGACAUGCACCAAUACAGUAUUCAGCAAAGUACCAAAUUGUCAUCAAUGGAAACUCGCACAUAUUGCAGUUAAUAAUUGCGAAGGCACAUGAAGAAACCAAGCAUGGUUCAGUCCAGCACAUCAUGAACGAAACUAGACAAGAAUAUUCGAUCAUUAAACUGAAACAAGGAGUGAAGAAGCAUACACAGAAUUGUUGGUUCUGUAAAAGGGAGACACCAAAAUCUACACCACCCAUAAUGGCAGAUCUUCGACGUGCAAGAGUAAUACCAAACAUAUCACCUUUCACUCAAGUAAUGUGUGACUACUUUGGUCCAAUAACAGUCAAGGACCGCAGUAUAACCAGAAGAUCAAUACCACAAUGGGGAUGCAUCUUUACAUGUUUAGAAACAAGAGCUGUACAUCUAGAACUUGCAAAUGACCUUUCAACGGAUGCAUUCAUCAAUUGCUUAAUCAGAUUUACAAGUAGAAGAGGAACAUGCACAGAUAUCUACUCAGACAGAGGAACAAACUUCAUUGGAGCUGCUAAAGAACUACAAAAGAAUCUCCACAAAGAAAAAGUUAUCAAUACUAUGUACAAGAAUGGAAUUAAUUGA